AUGGUCCAGGUCAUCCCGAAAUCGACCUCGGACCCGGACAAACCGCUACCGAGUUAUCUGAUGGCAACCCUGGAACAGUGGCACCGGGAGAAUGGCAACGAGAUACCGAAGUGUAGGACCGGGGGCCGACAGACCGCGCAGUUCUGGAGGGUCUUUGACCGGGAGGGAAACGAGCUAGCGCUAUCCUGGUACACCGUCAUCAAGCCGCGCAAGUACGAUGUCCUCGUGCUACAUGAGGCCGGUGGUACCGCGAGAUUCGUCUACUGCGAUCCACCCCGGAGUACUGCUUUUGGCACCUAUCUCAGACCGUGGACGGGGGCAGCAGAAGGCGAAGAGCUCCAGCAAUGCGCCGUUCGAAUGUUUGGAAACACCAUGGAGGAGAUUGAGUAUUCAUCGGAGGCCUGGGACUAUCUCCGGAACUUUCAGAGCUCGACGGGAGAAGGUGUCCGGACUGCGUCAACCUCCCGUGAUGAAACCCCCAGGGGAAGAGGCGCAAAACGGUCGCUGGGUCGCACGGGGCAGUUUACCGGACAGUCGACGAGAAGUCGGGCCAGCGAAGCAGCCGAGGAUUCAUCCGAAGAAGAAGAGUCAUCUUCCGAAGAGGAAUCGUCAUCGGAAGAAGAGAAACCGGCUGUCUCCCCUAUGACGAAGCGGCGCAAGACCACCGAGACGAGUGCUGAGCCUGGCAAACCUAGCAAGGUUGUGUUUCGUCUCGCCUCUCAGAGAGUCAUUGGCGCGAUUCGCUAUAUUCCGCUGGAUGAGUGCCGGUCCCGGAAAGAACUAUUCGACAAAGCAGCGGCUUUCUAUCAAGCUUGCGAUCGGGACACCCAGGUCAAGAUCCUUGCAUGCCAGAUCUCGUCACAGCGUGAGCAACACUAUCUCUUUGAAAACAGUGAUGGAGAGUUUCGCCUGUUGGUCGAGCAGGCACGAGGCUUGGAUGACGGGUCCGAGCGGAUUGUAGUUGAUGUUUUGCACGUUUUACAAACCUAG